AAUAUAUCUGGAGACAAUAUAUAGUAAAAUAUUCUAUCUAGAUGCUUAUAAGAAAGAGAAAAGAGUACACCUAAAGAACGGAACUCCUUAAUGAUAAAUAUCUCAAGCCUUAUUCAACUUUUACCUUGAUGAAUUCAUAAGGGAUUUAUUACUAAGAAAUAACAAUUCAUAUCAAAUCUUGGAAUAUGUUAAUAAUCUUGCUUUAUUAGUGAAUAAACAGAAGUUA